AUGGCGACGGGAAUGCCAGAGUGCUCUCCGGCUUUGCUGGUGGCUGCCGGCCUCGCCGUGCUAGCGAUCUGCUCGUACCUUGCCACCAUCGUUGUCGGCCGCGGCGCCGCGCGGUACCCGCCCGUGGUCGGAACGGUGUUCCACCAGGUAUACCACCUCCGGCGGCUGCACGACUACUUCACGGACCUGUUCCGCGAGCACGCGACGUUCCGGCUGCUCGCGCCGGGACGGAGGCAGAUUUACACGUCCGACACGGCGGUGGUCGAACACAUCCUCAGGACCAACUUCGCCAACUACGGCAAGGGCGCGUCUAACUACGACAAGAUGGGCGAUCUCUUCGGAGACGGCAUCUUCGCGGUGGACGGCGACAAGUGGAAGCAGCAGAGGAAGAUCGCCAGCUACGACUUCUCGACGAGGGCACUCCGGGACUUCAGCGGCGGCGUCUUCAACCGGAACGCCGCCAAGCUCGCGCACAUCGUCUCCGGCAACGCAGCCGCGAAGCAACCCAUGGACUUCCAGGCCCUUCUGAUGAAAGCGACGAUGGACUCCAUCUUCACCAUCGCCUUCGGCGUGGACCUCGGCACGCUGUCGGGGUCGGACGAGGGGAGCCGCUUCGCCGCGGCUUUCGACGACGCCAGCGAGUUCAUCCUGCUACGUUACGUCGAUGCGUUCUGGAAGGUGUCGAGGUUCCUCAACGUCGGCGCCGAGGCGGCGCUCAGGCACAGGAUCAAGGUCGUCGACGAGUUCGUGUACAAGUGCAUCCGGGCCAGGGCGGACGAGAUGUCGGACGGCAACAAGGCACACGACACUGGGUCGAAGGAUGAUCUGCUGUCCAGGUUCAUACUGGCAACCAACAGCGACACCGGGAAGGUGGAUUACAAGUACCUGAGAGACAUCAUAUUGAACAUAGUCAUGGCCGGCAAGGACACGACCGCCGGAGCGCUUGCCUGGUUCCUUUACAUGAUGUGCAAGCACCCGGAGGUCCAGGAGAAGAUAAGCAAGGAGGCUGCCGACGCUGGUGAGGCCACGUCGUCCAUCGACGACUUCUCCCGGAGCCUCACCGAGGAAGCGCUGAACAAGAUGCACUACCUGCACGCCGCCCUGACGGAGACGCUCAGGCUGUACCCUUCUCUCCCGUUGGAUAACAAGGAGUGCUUUUCAGACGACGUUCUGCCCAACGGCUUCAGCGUUGGGAAGGGAGACAUCGUGUUCUACGCCCCCUACGCCAUGGGCCGGAUGGAGCGGCUGUGGAGCGAGGACGCCAUUGCCUUCCGGCCGGAAAGAUGGCUCGACGAGCGCGGCGAGUUCCUACCGGAGAGCCCUUUCAAGUUCACAGCUUUCCAGGCUGGUCCAAGGAUCUGCUUGGGAAAGGAAUUCGCGUACAGGCAGAUGAAGAUCUUCGCGGCUGUGCUGCUCCGCUUCUUCGUGCUCGAGCUGCACGACAAGUAUGCCAGCGUCAACUACAGGACCAUGAUCACGCUCUACAUCGACCAGGGUCUCCAUCUUACGGCUACGGCCAGAGGCAUCAUAUAGCCACGUUACCCAAGAAAGACACACACGCUUGAAUGUCUCAAGUACUGAACCUUAGUCCGAAGUCCGGACAUGGAACUGGAUCCUCAUGAACAUAUAUUCUGUGAAAAUGUUUUUUUUUAUAUUCUGAAACUUUCUUUUUUGCUUAAUACAUAGGGACCGGCUACUGGUCAGUUGCCUGAUUUUAUGAAAUGGGUCAGUCGAUUCCUAACCAAUCGACUGAACAAAAAUUGUGGUCAGCCAAUUUCAGUGUUAUAGCACACCUUAAGUCUUUUUGCAUACAAAACCACCACCAGCCCACAAGACUUCAUGUGCCCAAUGCAAAACAAUGGCCCGUUGAUAAGCAAAAACAAAAAUAGAGAAAACCAACAAGAAUGCAAACAACUUGCACAAAAAUUGCACAUUUGUACGAUAUGCAAAAAUAAGCAUAUACGAGUGGAAUUUAUGCAAAAAAGAAAUUUUGUAAGAAGGAAUGAAUUAUUUAUUUUUAUAUUUGCAAUCUCGCACAUAUAUAUUUAUUUUUAUAGAUGCAUUCAAUACAUAUAUGCAUAUGUUUAUAUCAAAAAUGUAUUAUUACGAUACAAAAUAAGCAUACACUAGUGAUAUUUCCGCGACAAAUAGUGCUUUCUAGAAAGUAAUGGAUUAGUGACAUCAGUAUUACCUUUACGAAAUAAAAGAAAAUGAAAACUAUAACAAAAUAAAAAAUAAAAAAUUAGUGGCAUUGGUAUUUGAUCCAUGGUGUCGCUACUUCUCGGGAUCAAAAUAAUGAAUUAGUGGUAUCUGUAUUACCAUUUAAGAAGAAAUAAAAGUAAAAUAACAAUAAUGACAAAAUUUGCACACGGUUUGAAUAUAAAUUGAGCUUUUUUAUAAUACGCAAGAAUAAGCACAAAUAGUGAAAUUCCACUAAAAAAAUUCCUAAGUAGGAAUGACUUAGAGGUAUUGGUAUUACCCUUAAAGAAUAAAGAGAAUAAAAUAAAAACUUAAACAAAAUUAGAAUAAUGAAGUUUUCUAAGAAACAAUGAAUUAGUGGUCUGUAUUACCAUUUAAGAAGAAAUAAAAGUAAAAUAACAAUAAUGACAAAAUUUGCACACGGUUUGAAUAUAAAUUGCGCUUUUUUUAUAAUACGCAAGAAUAAGCACAAAUAGUGAAAUUUCACUAAAAAAAUCCUAAGUAGGAAUGAAUUAGAGGUAUUGGUAUUACCCUUAAAGAAUAAAGAGAAUAAAAUAAAAACUUAAACAAAAUUAGAAUAGUGAAGUUUUCUAAGAAACAAUGAAUUAGUGGUAUCUGUAUUACCAUUUAAGAAGAAAUAAAAGUAAAAUAACAAUAAUGACAAAAUUUGCACUAGGUUUGAAUAUAAAUUGCGCUUUUUUUAUAAUACGCAAGAAUAAGCACAAAUAGUGAAAUUUCACUAAAAAUUUCCUAAGUAGGAAUGAAUUAGAGGUAUUGGUAUUACCC